AUGGGAGAUGCACCAAUUCAGCCGCAAACUCCAGCAAUUGCUGUUGUUGGGAUGGCAUGCCGACUUCCUGGCAGCAACAAUUCAAUACAUGCUUUCUGGAACUUCCUAAAGCAGGCUCGCCAGGCUUCUAAUACGGUUCCAGAAUCUCGCUUUAACGUUGGAGCGCAUGCCGAUGGCUCAGGAAAACCUAAGACUAUGACAUCUGUCCCUGGUAUGUUUCUGGAGGAUAUUGACAUUGGAGCCUUUGAUGCAGGAUUCUUCAAUAUUUCGCCAGCAGAGGCUAUGGCUAUGGAUCCACAGCAACGUCAACUCUUGGAAGUGGCCUACGAGUGUCUCGAAAAUUCGGGCAUUUCAGUGGACGCGAUUUUUGGACGGGAGAUGGGUUGCUUCGUAGGAUCAUUUGUCGGAGGCGAGAAGAGAAAAUUGACCAAUAUGCUAGACUACGCUGAUAUGAUGGCGCGCGACCCUGAGGAGCGACCAACAACAGCAGCAACAGGGAUUGGCAGGGCGAUCUUGAGUAAUCGGAUCAGUCACUUUUUCAAUCUCAAAGGGCCCAGCAUGACGAUUGAUACGGGAUGCUCGGGCAGUCUUGUGGCAGUCGAUUUAGCUUGUCGAUACCUCGAAGCAGAAGGUUCCAUGGGAGCCACUAUGACACAAUCCGGACGAUGUCAUUCAUUUGAUGUCAGAGCAGAUGGCUACGCCAAAUCAGAAGGUGUCAAUUGUGUCAUGCUCAAAAAUCUUGAUUCUGCUAUCCGGGACGGUGAUCCUAUUCGUGCUGUCAUCCGCGGCUGGGCCACCAAUAGCGAUGGUUAUACCCCUGGAAUCACCCAUCCUAGUGUGGAUGCACAGGUAGCAUGCAUCAAAAGAGCAUAUGCUAAAGCUGGCAUUGAAGACUACAGUCAAACUGGAUAUCUUGAAUGCCACGGUACAGGAACCCCGAUUGGUGAUGCCGUUGAGACCACUGCUAUAGCAAAUGUGUUUGCUCAAUCACGGGAUGACAGUCGACCAUUGAUAAUUGGCUCAGUGAAAAGCAAUAUUGGCCACUCUGAAGCAGCAUCUGGACUCUCGGGGUUGAUUAAAUCCGUCAUGGCCAUUGAAAAUGGUGUAAUUCCUGGAACACCAUCCUUUAUCACGCCAAAUCCAAACAUAAAUUUCCAGGCUUUGCGUCUCCACGUCAGUCAAACAUCUAUCCCAUGGCCAUUGAACACCAUUCGUCGAGCCAGCAUUAACUCCUUUGGAUAUGGUGGAACAAACUGCCACUUAAUUGUAGAAGAUGCCCGCUUGCAUCUUGGUGUCGAGCAGAAUGAGACUUACAAUUCAUCAUUGUGCUCCAGCACCAGUCUUUCCCUUGACGAGGAUGAUCCUAGGGAUGUUGUAUACCCUAGGCCAUACAUCAUUGUUCUAUCUGCUGUGGAUGAUGAUUCAUUGACAAUCAAUUGCAAAAAAUUGUUGAGGCACCUUGCUGACUUGCACGUGCAUCUCAAGCUGCCUGAUCUCAGCUAUACACUUGCAACUCGUCGGAGUCAUCAUUCAAAACGCGCAUUUGCCGUAUCUAACUCACUGAAUUUACAUGCUCGUGAUUUUAUGCGGGGACAGAAACAGUUUGAGAACCCACGCAUUGGAUUCAUCUUCACUGGACAGGGAAGUCAAUGGCCGCAAAUGGGGAAGGACCUUGUUCGAACCUUUCCUAGGGCACUUGAAAUCAUCAGUGAAAUGGACGCGGUCUUACAAGGACUUCCAGACGCACCAACAUGGUCUCUUCUUGACAUGCUCGUCGAGCCACAUGAUGCAAGCCGCAUUCGCCAACCUGAAAUUUCACAACCGCUAGUGACUGCAAUCCAGCUGACUCUAGUGGCACUUCUAGAGGACUGGAACAUCUUUCCUGACAAUGUUAUUGGGCAUUCGUCAGGGGAAAUAGCAGCUGCGUAUGCCGCAGGAUACAUCAGCAAAGAAGACGCAAUCAUCAAUGCGUUUUAUCGUGGGCACGCGGCCAAAGUGGCAUCUGAUUCGAACCUCUCUGUAGGAAUGAUGGCGGUUGGGCUUGGCAAAGACGAGAUCCGGCCCCAUUUGGAGGAUCUGGCUGACUCGGUUUACGUGGCAUGCGUGAAUAGUCCACGUAGUAUCACUCUCUCCGGUGUUAAAACAAGCCUGGAAAUGCUGCGUGACCGUUUAUCAUCAGUUGGAAUUUUUGUGCGAAUUCUGCAGGUUGAUCUUGCAUAUCAUUCGCCAUUUAUGAAGACUAUUGGGGAUCGGUACGAACAUUCGCUCGGGCAAAACUUGCCAGUAGUAGGCGAGCAGCCAUCAAAUACCAGACAUACGUCAAUGUUCUCCACGGUAACUGGCGAAGUCAUCAAGAACAAUCCAGACUCUCAGUACUGGCGAAAAAAUAUGUGCUCGCCUGUUCAAUUUUGGCAAGGGCUAGCCGCGAUGCUGUCCGACUCUGAACCUGAUCUUCUCGUUGAAAUAGGUCCGAGCAACACAUUGGCUGGGCCAGUGAGGCAGACAAAUGACAAUUUAGCCAAUUCCUCCAAGGUGGAGUACUUCUCCGCACUCAAAAGAGGUGAAGACCCCAUUGGUGCGUUGUUUGAUCUUUGUGGCCAGCUGUAUCUACGUGGUUGUCCAAUCAAGCUCGAAAGGGUUAAUCGGGGGUAUGAACAAACAAACACCCCACCUGCUAUUGUGGAUCUGCCAAAUUACGGCUGGAAUCACUCUUUUUCAUACUGGAAUGAGAAUGAGUCGAGUAAAGACUGGCGCUUCCGACGAUAUCUACCACAUGAUCUGCUUGGGAGCAAAAUUCUUGGCACAACCUGGCAUACGCCAUCGUGGAAGAACACACUGCGAUUGAGGAGUCUACCUUGGCUGGAAGACCAUAAAAUCGGCUCAGACGUCAUAUUUCCCGCUGCUGGUUAUAUUUCCAUGGCGAUAGAAGCCCUAUACCAAGCAACCUGCGCUGUAAACGAGCAGCAUGCCGGUUUUUCUAUUUCGCAACUUCACUUUAGCUUGCGAAACGUCGAGUUCAAAAGGGCCAUGAUUCUGGACCACACAUCUGAUACGAGACUAGUUCUCACGUUGGAAUCGCAGAAAGGAAUCAAUUCCUGGCGAUUGUUUCGAAUUUCGUCAUUCGACGGCAAGCAGUGGACGGAACAUUGCACCGGUCUGAUACGUACAAGUGAAGAGGAUAGCCUGGUUCAAAAAGAUUUGGUAAUGCCAAAAAUGAUCCAUGCCACUCCAGCGCAGGUGUGGUAUCGUAAAUUUGCAGACAUCGGCUACGGCUAUGGACCGUCUUUUGAGAAAAUGCUGCUGGUCGAGGCCCGAGUAGGCGCUGCCCAAAACCGCUGUGUUAUUUCAAUGCAAGCGCCUGCAGCAGCUCAAUCCCCAUCCUUUUAUCCUAUUCACCCCACCUGCCUUGAUGCCUGUUUACAGAGUGUUUUCCCCUCGUUGUGGCAAGGAGAUCAUACAGCGAUUUCAACCCUUCUACUGCCUGCAAGGAUUGAUUCUCUCGUCAUUCACCCGCAACCAAAUAGCAUCAAUUCUAAUGUGGCAUCCGCAAAAUCCACGUAUUCAGGCCGUGGAAGGUUGCAGGAUAGAACUAGUUGGUCUUCCGACUGCUCCCUUAACAGAGAAGAAGAUGGGAAGUGCGUCCUCCGCAUCAAUGGGCUUCGAUUCAGCUCCGUUGAUCUAGGUUCGGUGCAGCCAGCAGCUCAAUUUUGGUAUCGCUCAGUGUGGUGUCCAGAUAUCACUAAAUGGUCUUUCAUGCCACAAAAGCAUUGGAUACCACGCCCAAACACUGUGAAUGAGUUGAUUAACUGGGUAGUCCAUAAACAUGGCGAGGUGUCAAUCAUUGAGCUGAACUGGGAUAGUGAUGACGCUUCAAGUCUCUGGCUUGACAGGGCCGAUCAUCCAAUGAGAGAUCUUACCAAGAAAUACCGUCUGUUGCUGUCAGAUCAUGAAAGUCUGGUCAAAUCCCAGAAUCUAUUCCCUAACCACGCGUCUUCAAUGCAAAUGAUACUGGACCGGGAUGAUCCCCUCUCGGGGCCGGAAUGGCCUAAAAUGCAGCUUGUAAUUCUGAAGUCAUCAGAUUGCUCAGUCCAUGACUCUUCAAUGGGAAGACUGCUCGGGCAAAUUUCAGAAAUCAUGUCAACUGAUGGUAUGCUCGUUAUUGUCGCCCAAAGUCUGGGUUCUGAUUCACAUUCCAACGAUGCCAGAAGCGAUUCAAGCGUCUUCAUGGAGCAUGAAGAUCGAAGCAAGUCAUAUGUCCCGUUCAGCCAUCUUCUAUCGCUAGAUUUACCUUCCUCUGCCAAGCAUGUUCAACUUUAUUCACGGGCAUCACCAGCCCCGUCAUGUCCUCCCCAGCCGGUCGCCCUGUAUUCCUUCCAGAAGACUAGCCCAAUAUCCAAAGGCUUGCGAGAGAGUUUGACACAAAACAAUAUCAGUCUCAGUGAGGUAAGCAUUCAUGGUCCAGAGACGGUGGAAAUCGGCAUAGGACUCGUGGUAGAUGAGAUAUAUGCACCAUUACUGUGCAAUAUCUCAAGCCAACAAUGGGAAUCUCUGAAGACACUCUUCGAGCGAGAAACGCCCGUUCUCUGGGUCACUCAAGGAGCUCAACAUCAAGUGACAAAUCCUGAUUCAAGUCUCAUAUACGGAUACCUUCGCUCGCUUCGGGCUGAAGGGAAUGCGUCGUCGCGCUUUGUGAUUUUGGACGUGGAAAACGGUGAUUCCCCUGGAUCAAGAACCGCUAUCACGACUCUGCUCUCUGAGAUGUCUUCUUCUCCUGACCGGUUUGAUCACGAAUGGGAAUUCUGUGAGCGAAGUGGCAUCAUCCAUGUCAAUCGAAUAUAUCAAGAUCGAAAGCUGAAUAAUUUGGACGAUAUUGAGCCAGCCCAAACAUCGAUUGCCAGCUGCGACGAAAAAGUUGCUCUUCACGCCACCCACCUUGGAUCUUUAGAAGCUCUCCAAUGGACACAGGAAGAUACCGAGGACAGUAUAUUGGCACCCGGGGAUGUUGAGGUCAAAAUCGACGUCGCUGGACUGAAUUUUAAGGAUGUCGCCCUUGCUAUGGGUAUCGUGCACGGUGAUGAGUAUCGACUGGGUCAUGAGGGGUCUGGCCGUAUUCAACGUGUGGGGUCGCAAACUGCUGGAUAUCAAGUCGGUGACCGGGUCGCAGUUUUUUCAAUUGGCAGUUUUGCAAACCGGAUCCAGGUUUCGACUGAGCUGAUUCACCAUAUCCCAGAUAACAUGUCGUUCGAGGAUGCUGCGACCCUACCUCUAGUGUACUCGACGGCUCUUUAUUCUCUGCUGGAUGUUGCCAACCUACAGGCCAAUCAGUCUGUUCUGAUACAUUCCGCCACUGGAGGUCUGGGGAUCGCCUGUAUCCAGAUUGCCCAAUAUAUUGGGGCGAAGGUAUACGCCACGGCUGGAACACAAGAGAAGAGGGAACUGCUGUGCAAAGAGUAUUCAAUCCCCGAAAGUCAGGUAUUCUCUUCACGCGAUACAAGAUUCGUUGCUGGGAUUCGCGGUGCCACUCAGGGAGGAGGUGUUGAUGUCAUUGUCAAUACUUUGACAGGGGACCUUCUGCACGAGAGUUGGAUGCUCUGUGCAGAUGGUGGUAUAUUUGUCGAGCUUGGCAAGAAAGACAUCAUUGAGCGGAACUCGCUGUCCAUGGAGCCAUUUGACCGCAAUUGCUCUUUCCGUGCUGUCGAUCUGUCUCACAAGCAAAUUACAGAUACUAUGAAAAAGGGAAUAUUUGACAUGAUCAAAUGCGGAAAUAUUGGCCCAAUUCGACCACAAACCACCUUUGCAUUGAACGAUAUUCAGUCAGCAUUUGCUCACAUGCGUAGUGCACGACAUAUCGGCAAAAUCCUUAUUUUAGCAAAGGAUGAUGCAGAUACCUCAGUUCCCGUUCACUCUUCCAGGAGACCAAUUUCGAUUCCGGGUGACCGGACUUACCUUAUUGUGGGCGGACUUCGGGGGUUGUGUGGCAGUCUUGCAAUUUGCCUCGCCCAGCGCGGAGCAAAACACAUCACUAUUAUUUCUCGCUCUGGGUGCAAUGAUGAACGAUCCAAGGCUAUUAUAGCUGACUGUGAAAAUCUGGGCUGCCGCAUCGUGGACGCAGUUGGUGAUGUCACCUCUUUGCAGCAUGUCAAGAAUGUGUUUCAAAAAGCAGAUCCACCCAUCCGAGGGGUGAUUCAUGGUGCCAUGGUUCUGCGCGACAAACCAAUUGAAACAAUGAGUGCUGUCGACUUUCAUCAAACUAUUUCCAGCAAGGUCAAAGGUGCAUGGAAUAUUCAUCAUGCAGCAGCCGAGCAGGACAAGUCUCAAUCCCUGGAGUUCUUUACUAUGCUUUCCAGUAUCUCUGGGGUAGUGGGGCAAAAGGGGCAGGCUAACUACGCCGCUGCAAAUGUAUUCCUUGAUUCAUUUGCAGCCUAUCGAUGCUCUCUCGGUCUCCCUGCUCAUUCACUCGAUCUUGGUGUGGUCGAUGCUAUCGGCGUCGCAGCAGAGAAAGGUGGCAUGGAACGAUAUUUCAACCUUGAGCACUGGCCCCGAAUCAAGGAAAGCAAGCUUCACGAGAUUCUAUGCAUUUCGAUAGACGAGCAAAAGAAGGCAAGGUAUAGCCAGCUGAUCACUGGGCUGCCUAGCGGUAUCUCGCAGCUUCCUAUCCUAUCACAGGAUGCCCGUUUCUCUAUUCUUUGUGCCGAGGAUAGCCAGACCGAAGGUCAUCAGCCAGUAUCCCCCAGCAAGGACACCUCAUCCAAAGAGUUAUACGAAUUCCGGCUCCUAGUGAAAGCUAUGAAGGCUAAGUCACAGCUAGUUGAAAAGGCGGUCACUCUCUGCGGUCUGCAGUUGAGUUGGCUUUUGUAUCUCAAGAAUCAAGUCAUCGACGCCAACAAAUCGUUGGCAGCAUAUGGUUUAGAUUCAUUGAUAGCAAUCGAGUUUCGCAAUUGGUUGAAGAAGGAGCUUGCGGUUGAGAUGUCGACAUUUGAAGUCAUCGGGGCCUCGUGUUUGCAUGCGUUGGCUGAAAAGAUGGUAUCCAAGGUGGAAGCUGGAGUGCCUGUUGUCGAAGUUGUGUGA